AUGUAUGCAAUGGAGGAAGACAUUGAUGUCACAUCCCACAAGGAGGGUCUUAAUGGUUUGUCCUACGAAUGCAAACCAUUGGAAGACAUCAAUGGACACUCAAAUCACAAACCAGUUAUGAAUGGAUUGAUAAUUGGUUACAAUAACAAAGACCACACAAAUGGCAGUGCUUCGCUUAGAAAUUUACCAAUUUCAGCGCUGAAGCAGAAUGGGCUUCUGCAGACGUUGGCAUCGGGAGGAAACCAAGACAAGCCUACAGAUGACAAUGAGGAGUUGGAAAAGGUCAGGCAGGAGUGGGAAGCAGUGGAAAGCGUACAACCUGUGAUCUCUGAAGAGUCCACCCCAACUCCACUCAUCUCUUUUAACGAAGCACUGCAGUACUUUCAGACCACAGAUCUAGGAGAUUUACUUAAGAACAUCCAGCCCACCGUUCGAAGGACUGGUCUGGCCGCCAUCACUCACUUCCUCUUCGGCCCUCCACGAUUGCACCGCGAGCUUCUGGAGGAGAGGGACCUGGUCUUUGCCAUUGCUCAGUGCCCAGUGGACAACAGCCAACCCAUCCACAUGCGCGUCCUUCAAACUGUUUAUAAAAGACUAGUUGGCAGCAAGUUGGACUGUCCACGCUAUGGGGUGCACUGGGAGACCAUCGGGUUUCAGGGUACAGACCCGGCCACAGACCUUCGUGGCACUGGUUUUUUGGGUCUCAUGCAUAGUCUAUACUUUGUAAUGGAUCCAGAAAUGCUACCACUUGCACGAGACAUUUAUAAGCUUUCCCUACAUCCAACACAGAACUUUCCAUUCAGUGUGAUGUCGAUCAACAUGACGCGCAUCGCUCUGCAGGUUCUCAGAGAAGAAGCCCUGUCCAAGGAGUGCAACCGUCGUCAGCAGGUAGUCGGUGUGUUAAAUGAGUUCUACGUCGCCACGUAUUUGCAUCUGUACCAGCUCUGGAAGACCCAGCAGAAGACCAUUGCGGACUCCGGAUUUGUACUCAAAGAAGUGGAGCUGUUUGCCAAAAAGAACCCCAAGCAGAUGCUGCGCCGACUAGAGGUCUUCCUGAAAGAGAGGCGGGCAGGUGGCAUCCCCCGUGGGACAUCUCCAGACCCCCAGGCCCAGCAGUCCUCUCCCAGCCUGGGGGAGAGAGGCGCGCGUGGAGGACAUGGAAGCAGGGCCAAGGAGAUGCACUUCACCGGAGUGUGCGAUUUACCGCCGGACAUGGAGGGAGAAGCUAGGCUGAUCUGA